GAGAGUGUGUGUCAUGUCUUUCCUAACCUAUAAUCGCGGCAAUUGUUGCCAUUGUUUACAAUCAUUGUCUAAAUUAAUCAUAUUUAUAGCGUUGAUCUCAUUGUCAAAUGGCGAUCGCAUUAAACAAAAAAUUUAUAAACCAAUUGAAAGCAAUUACUUCUGCUUUCGACGACUCAAUGCCACGCAUCAGAUCGGAUGCCAAUCCAAAGAGGGCGGAAACGUUGGCGCCGUAUAUGUGAUCAACAACGAGACAGACAUGGAUCACGUGCUCAAUACCGGCCGACACUAUCCUUAUAUACCUGUGAUUACACCAAAAGAUUUCAAUUUAGAGACAUUGAAGCGAUUCAAGUCUUCGGAUCGGAUUACAGGCGUUUUAGUUCUGGACAUUAAGGGCGACGAGAGAAAGGCGCUGAAGAUAGAGGGCUUAUCACCGGACAAGACCUGUCCCAACGAUGGCUUCGGUCUCUACACGGGUGACAAAACUCACGACCACUGCGGACAACAAGAGUGGAAUUUGGCCGAAGGGCUGACCGAACGGCACAACGACGGCCUUAUGUUCAACGACUGGCCUUUUCCUAUAUUUUUGAUUAAAAACGAGACAAAUAUCGCCCAAAUCAGAGAUUGUUUUAAACGCUUUGGCGGACCCAACUAUCCCUUGUGUGGCGUCCAAUUGGAGGCGCCAAUGAAUGCGGCCAAGGAUUCUGUCUCUUGCGUUCGCCGGACAGCGCUUCAGAGGAGCUCUUAUUCUUUGAGUCAAACGUUUUUCUGCGACCCUUUGGGCGGACACAACAUAUUCAGUACACUCUUGUAUACCUCGAAAACCGACAAAAUAGCCGAUAAUUCGGUGAUUGUAUUGGCGGCCCGUUUGGACUCGUUCUCGAUGUUUGACAACGUGUCUCCCGGCGCCGACUCCGCGCUCACAUCACUGGUGACCCUUCUGGCCGUCGCGAAGACACUGAAUGAAUACAGAAAUGAUUUGCAACAGAAGGCAAACAAUCGCAAUGUUUUGUACGCUCUCUUUGAUGGCGAGGCGUUUGACUACAUCGGCUCCAGUCGUACCGUAUAUGACAUGAAUAAUGAUCGGUUUCCUGUGGACCCGAACUCCGAGAAAGAUUUGGCUCAACUCAAGACCAAACAUAUCUCACACUUCAUUGAAUUGAAUCAAUUGGCAACACAUGGAAACGAUGCCAUGCUUUAUAUUCAUAAAAAUCUUAAGUCUAACGUUAAGACAAAACAAUUAGUGGAUAAACUCAUACAAUACGGCACUCAAGUGACCGAAAUUGAAGACAACAGACCACUACCGCCGGCGUCGUUGCAGGUGUUCCUGAAGGAUAGCCAAGAGAUAGGAGGAGUGGUGAUCGCGAACCACAAGAAGGAAUACACCAAUAAAUACUAUAACAGUUUAUACGACGACAGCGUAAACGUCAACAUAAAUGAUACCAAAUUAGCCCAAAGACUGACUACCAUUGCCACCGCUGUCUCCAAAACCAUUUACGAGUUGAUAACUCAAGAAACCACUAAAGAUAUUACAGUUAACCAGACGUUUGUUGAAUCGCUAAUCAAUUGUUAUAUGAAUAACUCUGUCUGUGAUCUAUUCAAAUACGUGUCGGAGCCCACAGCCCAACGACUAAACGACUAUAUGGAUCCGUUGCCCACAUAUGUCGGUGUAUUUGGUUCGUCCACUAUGUCCUCCAUCUCCCGCGCGUACACUAUGUUAUUGCUGUCGCGAUAUACCGGCGAAGAGCACAGCGACAAGACCAAGGAUGAGUGCACUGAUCUCAAUAAAAAGAGCAUGGUUUGUUAC